AUUCUCUCACUGUCUCACAUAUCAUCAGUUUUAUUAUACACAAACACACAAACACAAGUCUUGUCUUCCAAAUUUUGUCACAUUUAGCCCCAAUUGUUUUAGGUUUUCUACUUUGUCUCUGCUCUAACCACGAAAAAUUAGGGUUUUUUUUUCCUCUCUAAAGAAAAAAAAUUUACCGGAGGAAGAAAGAAAAAAUUAACCUCGAAAUUGACUUCAUUCUCCAGUUCCUAGAGUAUCUUCUUUCUGGGUUUUUGGUUUCGUCCAUGAAUUCGUCUUCUUCGUGUUGUUCAGAACUGUUUUUGCUGAGUCCUUUAGUAAACUUCCCCCGAGCUUUGUUUGUGAUCUCAAUGGGGUUUUUCUAAUUUUCGAUUUUUCUUUAGUUUCGAAUUGAGAAGAGAAGAGAUGAUUGCGGAGAAACCUGUUUGGGUUAAACAUGAAGGGUUACAGAUAUUUUCUAUUGAUGUUCAGCCUAAUGGUGAAAGGUUUGCUACAGGCGGUGGUGACCACAAGGUCCGCAUAUGGAACAUGAAGUCUGUUGACAAGGAUUUGCAAAACAUAGAUACAAAAGAGAGGCUUCUCGCAACUCUUCGUGACCACUUUGGUUCAGUCAAUUGUGUUAGGUGGGCUAAGCACAGUAGGUACGUGGCAUCUGGUUCUGAUGAUCAGGUGAUUCAAAUUCAUGAGAGGAAGCCUGGUUCAGGCACCACUGAGUUUGGUAGUGGAGAAGCCCCCGAUGUUGAGAACUGGAAAGCUGUAAUGACUUUAAGGGGCCACUCUGCCGAUGUGGUGGAUCUUAAUUGGUCUCCAGAUGAUUCGAUGCUUGCUAGUGGGAGUCUGGACAACACAGUUCAUAUAUGGAAUAUGCGCACUGGUAUCUGCACUACUGUUCUCAGGGGUCACUUGAGCUUGGUCAAAGGCGUAACCUGGGAUCCAAUAGGGUCAUUUAUUGCUAGCCAAUCGGAUGACAAAACUGUGAUAAUAUGGCGAACAAGCGACUGGGGCAUGGCUCACAGAACAGAUGGUCACUGGGCAAAAUCGCUUGGAUCCACAUUUUUCAGGCGACUUGGGUGGUCCCCUUGUGGCCACUUCCUUACUACCACUCAUGGGUUUCAGAAGCCGAAGCAUUCUGCUCCUGUGUUAGAAAGAGGGGAAUGGUCUGUAGCAUAUGACUUCUUAGGUCAUAGUGCUCCAAUCAUUGUUGUUAAGUUCAAUAAUUCAAUGUUUAAAAGAACCCCCUCUAGUACCCAGGAUACUAAACGAGUUGGGUGGAGCAAUGGAACAUCAAAGUCAGGGGGGAAAGAUUUGCAGUCAUACAAUGUUAUUGCAAUAGGAAGUCAAGACCGUACUGUAACUGUAUGGACAACUGGAAGUGCGCGUCCUCUUUUCGUCGCGAAGCAUUUCUUUGGGCAAAGUGUUGUGGAUCUAUCAUGGAGUCCUGAUGGAUAUUCACUUUUCGCAUGUUCCUUGGAUGGAACAGUCGCGAUGAUUCACUUUGACCCUAAAGAACUAGGCGUCAGGCUGACCGAUACUGAACUCGAAGAAUUGAAGAAAAGUCGAUAUGGAGAUGUCAGAGGCCGGCAAGCAAACUUAGUUGAGUGCCCAGCCCAGUUAUUACUUGAAACUGCCUUGACAAAGCAAACAGGUACUAAGAGGUCGGCAUCGGAUGUUCAACAAAAUCAGGCAACCGCAAAACCAUCUGCUAGUGUUGAGAGUACUGCAAAGAGGCGUAAAUCGCAAGUCGAUGAUCGGAAUAAGACAGCAGAUGCUACUGGUGACACAUUAAAUAAAGCAUCUAUCUUAAAUAGGGUAUCUAGUCCUGUGAAUCAAAAAGUGUAUAGAAGGCCCGACGGAAGAAAGAGGAUCAUUCCUGAAGCUGUUGGAGUUCCCCAACAGGAGAAUAAUAUCGCGGUUAAUGGGAUUGGGCAAGCUCAAAUUUUUUUGCCUGCUAUCACUGCUGCUCCUGGUACGGGAGAUAAUGGAGAUUUUCCUGUGGAGAUUAGCAAUAGGAAUUCAUCUGUGAAAGAAAUAGUGUGCAGGAAUCCUGAUCUUAAAGAGCGUUCAAGGAUUACAGCUCGUGCUACCAUAACUGAGAGCCUUGUGAUUGAUAAGGUUCCUGGAACCUCUGGUAACGAUGGAGUUUUAAAUGUUGAGCAAUCCGUAGGUAUAAAAGAAUCUUCUAGCACAGAUCUGUUGAUAAGGGUGUUUGAUUGGAAAGAAGGGGAGGCUGCACCACCUGUUUGCUUAGAAGCUUUUCCAAGGGAGCAUGCUUUGGACACUGUUGGUGCAGUAAGUACAUCUAUGGUCAAGGAAACUGAAAUUAUUUGCAAAAAAUCAGGCGAAACUCUUUGGUCUGAUCGGAUUAUGGGGAGAGUCACUGUUUUGGCUGGAAAUCCAAAUUUUUGGGCUGUUGGAUGCGAAGACGGAAGCCUCCAGGUGUACACUAAGUGUGGAAGGCGUGCUAUGCCUACAAUGAUGAUGGGGUCUGCCGCAACAUUUAUUGAUUGCGAUGAUAGCUGGAAAUUGUUGCUUGUGACAAGAAAAGGAUCUCUAUAUGUAUGGGAUCUAUUCAAUAGAAAAUGUGUUCUCCAUGACUCUCUAUCUUCUUUGGUCUCUUCCGAUGUCAAUUUAUCUUCCACAGUAAAAGGAACGAUAAAAGUGAUAUCUGUGAAAUUAUCCAAAUCUGGUUCACCACUUGUUGUUCUAGCCACACGUCAUGCAUUCCUCUUCGACACGAGUUUAUUGUGCUGGCUGAGAGUGGCUGAUGACUGCUUCCCGGCCUCAAAUUUCAGUAGCUCCUGGAAUUUGGGCUCAGCUCCAUGCGGCGAGCUUGCUGGUUUGCAGGUUGAUGUCAGAAAGUACAUGGCUAGAAAGCCAGGGUGGAACAGGAUAACUGAUGACGGAAUGCAAACACGUGCACAUUUGGAAUCUCAACUUGCCUCUUCCCUUGCACUUGAGUCCCCUAAUGAAUACCGUCAGUGUCUCCUCGCCUAUGUGAGGUUUUUAACAAGAGAGGCAGACGAGUCUAGAUUAAGAGAAGUCUGCGAGAGCUUUCUUGGACCUCCAACUGGUAUGGCUGAAGCAGCAUCUUCAGACAAAAACUUGUCUUGGGAUCCUUAUGUUCUGGGGGUGAAGAAGCGUAAACUUUUGAGAAACGAUAUUCUCCCUGCAAUGGCGUCAAACAGAAAAGUGCAGCGUCUACUCAAUGAGUUUAUGGAUCUUUUAUCUGAAUACGAAGACGCAGAAACGGCAGAUCCUGGCGCUAAGGGCUCGACACCUACCAUGAACUGUGGUGGAGUCCCAUCUUCACUGGAUCAAAUAGGCUCUGACCCUCCAGCCAUGACAGCUACUACUCCUAUGACAACAGACAAUGACAAGCCAGUUUCUCUGGUAAAUUCAGCGGCUUUGGAGAUAAGUGUGUCCGAGAAACCGGGUUCUGAAAACGGGGAUAGACAAGACCAGAACUCAAAAGACUCGGGUUCUUGAACUUCUCUUUAUGUUUCUUUUGUAUAUCAAGCUCAGAGAGCUGUGUAAAGGUUCUCAGUUUAGGCGUCUUUUAAGAUUGAUAACAGAGAAAAAUGAUGAGACGUAAGAGAGGAAUGUUCUCAGGUUAGUUAUAGAGUGACCCGGUUUAGUAUCCCAUUAUGAGUGAGAUGGUAUUUGUUUUAGUUUUAUUUUUACUUAUCACAAAAUUAACAAUAUUUUGUAUCAAUCGGUUUUUAUUUA